ACAUCUUCUCUAAUUUUAUGCUCUUGGGUAGAUUUCUCUCUUCUGCAAUUCGCACUUCUCAACUGACCAAGGUGUCUGGUAUGACUAUCAAUUCAACAGAGAGUUCACACAGUGCAACAACGACUGCCGCGCAGCGACUGCUUGCCGUGCAAAAGCGUCUAGUUUCCUCCUCACCUGCGUCGAAAUUUUCGCAUACUACCAUAGCAACCCACCAUCAUCCUGUAUCGAAUAAAGGUGAUGGCGAUGCUGAAGUACUGACACAUCAGCACCCAAGUGGUAUCUGCGAAAUACUUCUCAAUCGUCCAAAAAAUCUGAACGCGAUAAACUACACGAUGUGCGAUAUCAUCUGCGAAAGACUUUUAACGUGGGAAAAGUCCGAUGCAUGCAAGGCGAUCUUUGUCAGGGGCAACGGAGGAAAGGCUUUCUGUGCAGGCGGUGAUAUCAAAGCUUUACUGGAUUUAGCUCAAGAAGGCCGCAAUGAUGAUAUUACGUAUAUUUUCAAUAGACAGUAUCGCAAGGACCAUUUGAUUGGCAGCAUUCAGAAACCUUAUAUCGCGUUGAUCGAUGGCAUCACCAUGGGCGGUGGCGUUGGUCUUACAAUGAACGGUCCUUUCCGCAUCGCUACGGAGAAUACUGUCUUUGCGAUGCCUGAAAAUUCGAUAGGCCUCUUCUCGGAUGCCAGUGCGUCUUUUUGGAUGCCACGGCUGGAUGGAUCUCUCGGACCUUAUAUUGGUUUAACCGGUAAACGUCUACGUGGAGCCGAUGUAUUCUAUGCUGGUAUAGCGACACAUUACGUCCCGACAAAACAUCUAGACAGUUUAGAAAGUGCCCUCAAAGAACUUGCAUCCCAGAGCCAAGGUUCAUUGGACCAAAAUGCCAUCAAUGCAGUCAUUGAAAGAUUUUCGGCGGAUAUGGAGCAGGAGGCGCCAUUUUCUUUAGGCGGCGAUAUUUAUCCAGCAAUCAAUCGAUGCUUUAACCACGAAACAAUGGAAGAAAUUAUUGCUGCCCUCAAGAAUGAAAAGGUAGCUGUAGACUGGGCAAAAGAAACACUUGACCGACUUAGCGGAAUGUCGCCCACAUCAAUGAAAAUCUCGCUGCAGCUGUAUCAUACCGGGGCACGUCUCUCGUUUAUAGAUUGUAUGCGAUUGGAGUAUCAACUAGCUGGCAAGUGCUUGGCUGGAAGCGAGUUUUCUGAAGGAACGCGGGCAACGCUCGUCACUCGAACAAAACCAAAUUGGAAUCCACCAACUCUGGAAGAAGCUGAUGCAAAUGAAAUCAAGCGGCACUACUUUGAUGCGCCAUUGGACACUUCACUUACGCCCCUCUGUGAAGGUGGAAACUAUAUGGAAUACCCUCACACACGCUACAUGCUGCCCAAGUGCUCUGACAUUUUAGAUAUGGCGGACAAGAUUGGCAAUAAAGAGAAUACUGUCAAGUAUUUUCUCGAGAAGUACAACGGCAAGCAAGGCGUCAGGACCAAAGUUAUGUGUGUUUUAAAGAUGUAA